AUGAAGUCUUCGUGGCUGCACAUGCUUGGGCCUUCGACUGUGGCCAUCUUAGCCCAGUCACCGCCCCCCCUGCAGAGUUUGACGUUCUUUUCCCUGGGCUUCCAGCCUUUGGACGUCAUUGGGCCUUCUGACAUUAUGCAACUGGUGGGGUAUUGCAUUGAUAUGACAUAUGCCUUUGUCACGAUGCUGCUUGGCCCGGAGUUGGCCGGCACCGUGAUCAAAGUUCUCGAAUACGAACCGCGUACAGAACAGAACUGGGAUCCUUACCCGGUAGUGCACAAUAUUCCCGGCGCCGAGACUUGUCGAUCUCUCGGGGAGUGUGUCGGUCCUGCUGGCUACGAAUUCGGCUGUGGUAAGGAGUGA